AACAGGUAAAAGGAGGCCACAUUUGUGGCCUGCGUUUGGAGGAGCCUUAGAAUUGGGACAGCCUUCGCGAGGUGUAGUGACGUAAUUGGCCUUCAAAUGCUCCUCCGAAGGAUGCAGACCCUGAAUAGAGGGACAGAAUUUGCCAAAGAAGAAAAAGAAGAACCCAGCGCUUUUCCAAUCCUCCGAAGCAGAAGGUGGCGGUAAUGCACACGUUAAACCAACUAAAAGAAGAAGAACGCCCAUUUUGCUCAGUCAUAUUAGGCACUGAAGUCGAAGUGUGCUGAAAUACCAACAGACAGGAGAGUACAAAGAGCUGCAAUGGACGGUGAUGUUGCGGUUGGUGUGAAGAGAGGCUCAGAUGAGCUCAACAUGUACAGUAGCAGCCCCAACUCUAUGACUGCGAACGGCAGUGACAGUAAGAAACAGCGUCUGGAUGAAUCCCCUCCCUCCAGAGUUCUCCACAUUAGGAAACUUCCCAAUGAAGUGUCAGAGACUGAGGUCAUUGCUCUGGGGCUGCCUUUUGGAAAGGUCACCAACAUACUGAUGCUGAAGGGGAAAAACCAGGCAUUUCUGGAGUUGGGUACAGAGGAAGCAGCCAUUACUAUGGUUAACUACUACACAGCUGUCACACCACAGGUCAGAAACACUCCUGUCUUCAUUCAGUACUCCAACCAUAAGGAACUGAAAACGGACUCUGCUCUGAACCAGAGGGCUCAGGCUGUAUUGCAGGCAGUGUCAGCAGUGCAGGAUGGAAGCUCGCCGUCUUCUGACCCUGGAGUUUUAGACCUAGCUCCACCUCCCAGCCCAGUCCUGCGAAUUAUCAUUGACAACAUGUUUUAUCCUGUGACACUGGAUGUUCUGCAACAGAUCUUCAGUAAGUUUGGGACCGUGAUGAAGAUAAUAACCUUCACCAAGAACAACCAGUUUCAGGCUCUUCUGCAGUUCAGCGACCCUGUCAAUGCACAGCAAGCUAAACUGUCUUUGGAUGGACAGAACAUCUACAAUUCAUGCUGUACUCUGCGGAUAGACUUCAGUAAACUGGUCAACCUCAAUGUCAAAUACAACAAUGAUAAGAGUCGAGACUACACCAGACCAGACCUUCCCACUGGAGAUGGAGAAUCAGCCAACAAGGAUCAUUCUUUAUUGGGUACCCCAUCUGGAGCGCUAGCGUCCUACUCUAGUGGAGGAGGUUACUCAUCUUCUCUCUCCAUCUCACAAGGUGGAGGAGCCAUUAGCCCACUGAGUGCUGCUGCAGCGGCUGCAGCAGCUGCUGGUCGUGUUGCUCUGUCUGGGUCUGGAGUAUCAGGAGUCCUACUGGCUUCCAACCUAAAUGAAGAGAUGGUCACGCCUCAAAGUCUCUUUACCCUCUUCGGAGUCUAUGGUGAUGUCCAGAGGGUGAAGAUUCUCUACAACAAGAAGGAUAGUGCUCUGAUACAGUUGUCUGAUGGGAACCAGGCUCAACUGGCCAUGAGCCAUUUGAAUGGUCAGAAGGUCUUUGGUAAAGUGAUGAGAGUAACACUGUCUAAACAUCAAACUGUGGCUCUGCCCAGAGAAGGAUUGGAUGACCAACUACUCACUAAAGACUUUUCUGGCUCACCCCUCCAUCGCUUUAAGAAGCCAGGAUCCAAAAACUUCCAGAACAUCUUCCCUCCGUCUGCAACGCUUCAUCUCUCCAAUAUCCGGGAUGGCGUUGGAGAGGAUGAUCUACGCCUUCUGUUCUCUAAUAGUGGAGGAACCGUCAAGGCCUUCAAGUUCUUCCAGGACCGUAAGAUGUCUUUGAUCCAGAUGUCAUCAGUAGAAGAAGCUAUCCAGGCUCUGAUGGAUCUCCACAACUAUGACAUGGGAGGGAAUCACCAUCUGAAAGUUUCCUUUUCAAAGUCAACCAUCUAACCCUUACACAUGCCUCUUAAACCCUAAACCAUAUGAUGAGCGAGGAAGUCGGUACCUUUUGUCUUCUUUUCAACAUCUUCUGUAAACCUCAUGUGCUAUACCCAAACAAUGCAUUAAGUAGUUUAAUAUUGGUAUCACUGAUUUGAAAUGUGCUUCAACAUCCAAAGCUUAAAAUUCAAAGUGUAAGACUAGAAAUAGUUGUCAAUCAAAAUACUGAGAAAAUCAAAAUUUCUCCUUGUAUAUUUUGUUGACCAGUAGAAGCCAUACAUACAAUCGUCUCACCCUUAAAGGUUUCAAAAGCGUGAAAAUUCCUGCUUUGAUCUAUAUCAAAUUUUAAACUUCUCUCGUGGUUUAACUUCUCGGCCUGCUGCAGUGAUUUACAAGUGUACAUUACUGGGUAGUUCGGUACAUGCUGAUGGUCACUGUCAAGUGUGGUGGUGCAACAGAAAAAACUCCUGACCACACACAACCACAGUCAUCAGUGCAGUAAUUCAGGGGGUGACAUUUAGAGAACAAUAAAACUCUUUAGCCUACUGUUACUCUUAAAGACAGUAGUUAAGAAUUUUUGGUUCUCUGUUUAAUCUCUAUCAUUGCUAAGUGGAAAUGGUAUUUCAUCAGGAUGGGUGUGGUUUUGUGGGAUGUUGCUGGGCAUGCUUUGGGGUAUUCCAAGAGCAUCUCAGCCUGUGUUAUGAGUGCAUGUUGUUUUCCUUUGUUGUGUAUUUGACCUCACAUCUAUGUACAUGGAAAGUAAUGGUAGUAUUAUAAGUUUUCUGCUGAAUAGCAUUGAUGAAUCCAGGAGAUAUAGAAGAAAGAGCCCUGCUUGAAGGUGUGUUUCAGAGCGCACUCACACCUGGCCGAAUUGCUCAGUACUGGCCAAAGCACAAUUGUCCCGCCCCCUCAGGCUCCCACUGAUCUGCACUCACUUUGCUCUGGCCACAACAAGGCCUGAGCACAGUUAUUUCUUGCACAUUCAUCAUCACAUCGUAGCACACAGAAAAUUACUUUAUGGACUUUUUUGUGGCUUGUCUCGUGUCGUAGACAGCCUCUCACAUUCCUGGAUUUCUUGAUAAUGCUAGGUGCCGUAAUACGCAUGAUUAUACUUCAUGCCCAAUUAAGCACCUGUGCUUAACCACACCUCUUGCAGGGCCAAUACAUACUCACACUAACAACAAACUUGACUUUUUGGGGGGUCAGAUGUGCUUGGGCACAGUACGGAUUGCCUAUUGUGAGAGUACCCUUAAAGCAGUGAUGCACUUGUCCUGAUCUCUGCAGUACUCUCGAAGAAUCACCACAAACAACGUAGCGCCCCAAAUUUAGUUACAAACACGUUUAUUUUACCACGGCGUCUUCACAAAUAGAAAAUAUAAACAUUACAGGAAACAGUGUGUUCUCACCAGCAAUAAGUAAACAAUAAAUGACUCCUGAAACAGCUGAAAGUGAACACAUAUAACAGUAAAACACAGCAGAUGUCUGAAAGAACAAACAGAGCGAGAGAAACUAAAGAGAUUCAGUCAGAGGCUACAAAAGUACAAUGUAUUUUAAAAACUGAUUUCUCUCAGGUUUCCUGCACAGACAUAAGUUCAGUAACAAUUUUAGGGGGAGACAGGUUCUUGUAAUUGAUAUUAUGCUAGUUGACGGCUGCAAUCUCAAGACUACACUGAGGCCUGCUCGGCUGGUUUGGCUCGGGGUGGCCAAAAAUGCUAGUAAAGUAAGCUGUAAAGACAGAGAACGAGCUGGAUGAAUGGAUCUUGUUCAUGUCUCUCAUGCAACCAGACUCAUUAACUUUUACUUUAAGACUUAAUGAAUUUAUUGUUUUCAGGAAUGGUUUUCAGGAAAAAAAAACAACAACAACAAAACCUUCUGGUUUAGGCACAAAAACUACCUGGUUAGGUUAAGGAAUUAACCUGGAUUAAAAUGCAACGAAUGACUACGAAUAGUGAAAAAAUGUAAAGUUUCAAAAAAUUAAGUUUGUAGUUACAAGACGCCCAGUGCAAGCUGAUGGUAGGCAUAUCUGGCACACAACACCGUGUGUGACACAGGACAGAAGGUGUUGCCCCCAGGUGAAAUACUGUACUUUCGAGAAAAUAAAGAGCAAGUAGCUGUUUUUUUAUAUUGGCCGAUCAAGUCAUUGACUGGUGUGCUGGAUUUUCUCUCAAGGUUAGAGUUUCUGUAUGGUAUGAUCUGUUAUUUUCUGUACUGUGUCGCUGCUACAGUCAUAUGACUCCUCUUUCCUGUUAGGUAGGCAGCCUAAUUUGCUGUUAUUGGAGGAUGUUUUUAGAACUGUGCCAUUUCUGACACACAUUCUCAGUGUGCUGGUUCACUUCUUCAAAUCUCAUUCUGAUCGCUUGUGUACUUUGACGCUCUCAAGUAUCAAGCAAAUUCUUCUACAUUUCUUCCACACUACAAGAAUAAAGGAGUGAACUUGGCUGUCACUAAAUAUUAAAGUGUGAUUUGUGCUGUUUUGCAUUACCAGCACCCAGAGUUACUUUGUAGCCAUUUUAGCACCCUACAUCAAACAGAUCUGCUGCACUACACAUAAUCACUUUACAUGUAGGUUUGAGGACAGAAUUACCUACAGUCCUCAAAGGGAAUAGAAUAAACUACUUUUUGUGCAGUGUAGUGCACUUUCUGAAUUUCAAGAGGCAGCUUUUCUUAACUGGCAUACCUUUUUCCUGUUCCCAUACAUGUACAAUCACUUGAAAGUUGUUUAUACGAUUUGAUUAAAAACACAAAGUUCCUUGUGGGGUCAUUCAAACGCAAUCUGGGAAAUGGUAAUCGGAAUCUGAAGCUAAUAGUGUUUGUUGGAGACAAAUGAUAAUUCAAUUCAUUACAAAAUAACUUGGAAUGUACUGACAUUAACACAUUGCUGAUGUAUAAUAAUAUGAAGGAUCUAAAGGUGAAGCUCUCCUUAAAGAAUAGAGCCACCUGUUAUAUUCCUGCUCAAAUCCCAUCGCUGUGUUUUAUAAAACAUUGCUGUGAGUGGGUGCACACACAAACACAUACAAGCUCUCUGUUUAAACAAGGUGUCAACAUGUGAUUCUGGUCUUGGUCUCUGAUUUUAGGAGACCGGUUGGGACCAAAGUACAUGUGCCUUUACUCAGUGGUUUUGAAUAUCUUAUUGGUGAUGUUUGUUGAUAUUGUGUUGUAAACCUGUAGAAACAGAUUAUUUUGUUAAUUGUUGUUUGUCUUAACAAUGUGAGUUUAUGUAUUAAGCAGAGAUGCACAGAAAACUGGAUCACUGUUCUAACAGAGGUUCUUAUUUUUCACUCAUCUCUGGUUCUUUGGUGCAGCUGCCACAUACUUUCUUGUAGGAGAUUGUACAUUUUGUACUUGAGUUUAUUUUCCUUUAUGGUAGAAUUAAUUUUUGGCCCAAAUUAAGUGUGUGUUUUCUACCAACAAGCGUGUGUGUGUGUGUGUGUGUGUGUGUGUGUGUGUGUGUGUGUGUGUGUGUGUUGGGACUAGGUCCAGGUAUCCACUCUCAUCUGUAAGUUGCCUAUGAAUAAACGCCUCUCACUGUUCA